AUGCUUUCUUACAACGGCUUGGAUAUCGCCUUCUAUCCAUACAGCGAGCAAUGGAGAGAGCUGAGAAAGUUUUCUGUUCUUCAUCUCUUCAGCAACAGAAGGGUGCAGUCAUGUCGUGGUAUUCGUGAAGAUGAAGUCUCCCGGAUGAUCAGAAAGACAUCCAAGGAAGCAUCUUCAUCUCAAGUGACGAAUUUGAGUAAGACUUUACUAUCACUUUCAUGUACGCUUAUCUGUAGAAUUGCUUUCGGAAAGAGGUAUGAUGAGGAAGAUCAACAAAGAAGACGAUUCCAUGAUCUCCUCCAAGAAAUGGAGGCCGCAUUCGUGGGGUUCUUUUUCUCAGACUAUAUUCCUUCAAUUGGUUGGCUUGAUAGCCUCAAUGGGAUGCGUUCUCGACUUGAGAGGACUUGCAGUAAGUUAGAUUCAUUUCUUCAAGAACUCAUCGACGAACACUUAAAUCCAAAUAGGCCAGAGUCCAUGAACGGUGAUAUCAUUGACAUCAUGCUUCAAUUACUUCAAGAACAAUCAACUUCCUUUGAUCUAACGCAAGAUCACAUCAAAAGCAAUGCUCAUGGUGAUUAA